CUGUCUGACUGUCAAGACGCUGUUUUCAAGACAUUUGUUUGCAGUGAUGGCUUUUUCAGCUACUACUUAUGGUAAAGGAAACUUUGGAAAGGUGUAUAAAGUAACAUUUGGAAAUACCCGUGCAGCUCUUAAGAAGGUGCCCUGUACUGUCGUAACUAAAGAAGAAAUUCAGAAAGAGAAAAAUAUAUAUCGGUCAUUGCGUCAUUCCAAUGUGGUGAAGCUCCUGGCAGAUCCCUGGCUCGACUCCAAUGGUAUGUGGAAUAUUCCCUUGGAAUUAAUUUCUGGGAAAACUCUGGAAAAACUCAUGUUCAGCUCACAGUCAUACAUGGAGCUAACAAAGCCAGUCAUAAUCACCAUAAUCAAUGGUAUGUGUGAAGGCCUCGCUUACAUGCACAGCAAGAGUAUCGUCCACCAGGACCUCAAGCCUGACAACAUCAUGGUGGAACGCAGCACUUAUCGGGCUGUCAUAAUUGACUUGGGACUCGCCAGAUUUCAGAAGAACGGCCUUUGUUUUGGCACAGAAGGAGGCAAUUGGUGUUACUCCGCUCCCGAGAUUUUCCAAGGAAAAUACAGAGACCAGUACUCUGAUGUGUGGGCGAUGGGCAAAAUCCUAGCAGAGCUCCUGAUCGUGCCCAGAGCGAGACUCCCUCCCAACAUCACCCCUGUUCAUGUGGUUGCAGCCAUGAAUAUGAAUCCAUAUGAUCUCCCGGUCUCUAGAAUGGUGAACAGACUUGUUUUAUUCAGACCUACAAUGGCGCAGAUCUUAGGACAGAUUGUUCAGGCAGGGAGAAUGUGGAUUUUGUAUACUAGCUUUUUAGGGAAUGUAGGAAUAGCUUUUUAAAAGAUUGGCAAUGAGUGUUUUACUAUUCUAAAUUUAGAAAACAAACUCCUUACAUUUCACUCAAUUCAGUCAAAUCUAAUUAUUAAUCAA